UCUCACACCAGCAGGGGCGCCCGUUGGUUAGACAGACGGUUGUUUCUCUCUGAUCUAUAGAUCCAGAAGACAGCCGGAUGCUUUAGUUUUUGAUUAAAUAUGAUUUGGAUAUCAAUUGCUGUGCCUUGAAAUGCAUAAAUUAUGCGUCACUCAACACAUAACAGAGGUAAGGAAGAGAGGAGUCGGUCCAUUGGAGUUGUUCAUCAGUUUAUUCUGAAGCGUAAUUGUUUUGUCCAUGGCGUAUUUUUUAAUUAAAGAAGGGCACCCUAUGACUUCAUUGACAACAACAGACAAACGGAAAAGCAAAUUCAUUUGGUCAGAAAAGAAACUAGCACAUCAUAUUCUCAGACACAGAACGACAACUAGAUCCAAAUAUGACUUUCUGAAUAUAUGUUAAGUUUGACAUCAUAACAUUUUAGUAUUUUCAAACCAUUAAUUCUCGCUGUAGAUAAGCAUUAUUAGAUGUAGUGAUGCAGACGGGACACAUUAUUGAAUAGUGUGUGAGGUGGUUUGAAUGAGUAAAGCGGGACAGACGCCCUUGUCGGCAGUGGGAAGACUGUUGGGCAGAGACCGUGAGACCAGAGGACCUUCUUCUGGACGUGACAGUGAAGGACUGCUGGCUAUGGGUGCAGCAAUGGGACCAUUACUGCUUUGGCUCCAGGAUGUGGCAGCGGUGACCCUUCUGAGAGCUCGCAGGACGCUUCUAAGAGCCGCCGUCCUGUUGUGCGUCCUGGUGCUUCUCCUCUGGGUCUCCAUCUUCCUGUAUGGAAGCUUCUACUAUUCCUACAUGCCCAGCGUCAGCUUCUCCACACCAGUGCACUUCUACUACAGGACAGAUUGCGAUGCUUCAGAUUCAGUCCUCUGUUCUUUCCCUACGGCUAACAUCUCGCUCUUGAAGAAUGGAAGAGACCAGGUGAUGAUGUCUGGUCAGGCCUACAGGAUCUCUCUGGAGCUGGAAAUGCCUGAAUCUCCUGUUAACGAACAGCUUGGCAUGUUCAUGGUCAAAAUGUCUUGCUAUACCACUGAUGGGAAAGUCGUUCUCUCGGUGAUCCGCUCAACGAUGCUGCACUACCGUUCUACUCUGCUGCAGACCAUGAGCACGCUGCUGUUUUCACCACUCCUGCUCACUGGUGUGUCUGAGCAGAAACAGCUCAUCGAAGUGGAGCUCUUCCCAGAUUUCAAAUCGGACCUUUACCAACCUGCCAUUGGUGCUGUGAUCGAGGUUCAGUCUCGCAGGGUCCAGAUUUAUUCUGCCCAGCUCAGGAUCCAUGCCUACUUCACUGGCAUUAGAUACCUCCUGUAUAAUUUCCCUGUGAUGUCUGCAAUCGUUGGGGUGGCGAGUAACUUCACCUUCCUCAGUGUCAUUGUGCUCUUCAGUUACCUGCAGUUCAUCUGGGGAGGGCUCUAUCCCCCUGAGCAGGUCAGAGUGAGGGUGAUGAUGGGAGACUCGACGCGUCUUCAGCAGAGGAGGGAAGAAGCACGUAAACGCAUGCACUCAUCCUCCAGCACUCCUAUCAUUACGUAUGGAAGAGAUGGCAGCGAGCUGGCAGAUCCACCGCAACAACCCAAACAAACCGUUCGAAACAAAGGUGAUCUGGACACUCCUAGUGCAAUCGGGACAGAAGACCUGAACCAGCUGCAAGAGGAUGAAGCUGCUCAAGACUCCUCUACAGACGACGCUCCCAUUUUCCUUGAGGCUCCUCGUAUUGCAGAGACCAAUUUGAGUGAGGACGACCCAGAUCAAGAGCGGAGGGCAGCAGGAAUAGGAAAUGAGACUCAAGAAGAAGAAACAACCCAACCACAGUCCUUAGACAGCAGUGUUAGACAAAGGCAUGGACCCUGGAUGAGGCUCUGAGCUCCAAACUCUGGAGUAACCACAUACGCACAUGCAUUCUGUUACAUUAGAACUCAUAGCUUGCACAUUUGAGACAUUCCUUUUGCACUGCAAUGAGUUUUACCAUAAGAAUUUUUCUUAUGCAUUUGGAAACCUGUUUACCUCAUGGCACUGAUGUGAAGCUCAAAAGAAAUUUCUGCUCUGCUGCUUUUGGUCUCCUUUUCCUAUGGGACUUAAAAAUCACCUCUAGAGUCCUGCCAUGCUUUAAUGUGUCAUUACUGAAGUCUGUGGUCACAAUAUCAGUUUUGCAUGUAAAGUGUAAAUGAGUGUGUAAAAUAUGUUAGCAUUUCUAUUUAAUUUAUAUUUCUCUACAUUCCUCUGCACUGUGAUGUUCUUACAAAAAAUGUUUAACAUGGCUUGGCAGUUCCGUUCAACUUCUGGGGAUAUUAAAAACUAUUUUGUAUCUUCA